UAUCGUUAGCGUGAGACAUUUUUUAGAAUUCGCGUGGCCUUUACCUAUUUUCAAUUAUAAUGACCAAGUUUACCGCAUGAUCAUCACUCUUAAAAAUGGAGCAAAACGGAUUCUACAUUUCUAUCUGGAGCUCCAUUGAAGGAAUUUGCGGCAACGAAUUUGUUGGCGCACACUAGGAAGAGGGAGCUUUAGAUUUGCUCAUUGCCGUUGAUUGUCUCGAUAGUGUUCAAUUAUUACUGCCAGCGGUUUAUUCGUUCGAGGAUUAAGAUAAGUUUGAGAAGAUCAUAGCCUUGUUGACUUCUGAAAUUCAAACAAAGUUCAAUCAAGAUUUUGGAGAAUUCAGUGUCUGAUUGAGACAGUGGAGUCGAAAAUGGUGAGGAACACAGGUGAAGUAGAGGUGAUACACUUGUGGUCCUCGCCGCGGUCCGUCAGCACAAGCCUUAUGUAUUCUUUUGCUCAGAGAGAUGACACAGAAGUUCUUGACGAACCCCUAUAUGCGAACUAUUUGCGAGUAACAGGAGAUCAAAGGCCUUAUAGAGAAGAAUUCCUGUCAAAAUCGGAAUCAGAUGGAAAUAAGGUUAUACGGGAAAUCAUUUUUGCUCCUGGAGAGAAGACAUAUAGGUUCUGUAAGCAUAUAGCUGGUCAAUUUCUGCCAGGCCUUACAUCGGACCUAAUGAAGAGAGGAAAACACUGCAUACUGAUAAGAAAUCCCCUUGACGUGUUGACAUCCUACAGCAAGGUUUCUCCCCCAUCAUUCGCUGUGCUGGGGUAUGACAGCUUGGUCUCCAUUUACAACGAGCUUCAUGAUCAAGGAAAAUUGCCUCCUGUCAUUGAUUCAGAUUUGCUGCGAGAAGAUCCUGAGGCUACAUUGCGUCAUCUGUGUGGUGAUCUUGGUAUUCCAUUUCAAACUUCUAUGCUCAAAUGGGAACCUGGACCAAAACCAUUUGAUGGCAUGUGGGCCCCCUAUUGGUAUAAGAAUACACACAAGUCAACAGGUUUUGAACGGCCAAAAAAGUAUCCCUCUCCAUUUCCAUCGUCUUCGUACAACUUGCUGGAGCAAACUUUACCUUUCUACAACUUGCUUAGGGGCUAUGUGAGGGGAUCAUCAAACUGUGCCCAACCUGCUCUCCCUGUUUCUACCAAUGAGAAGUUGCUUGUUUGGGUUGGUGAUCAGAUUAUGCCUCGUGAAAGUGCAAAAGUUUCAGUAUUUGACUCAAUUGUCCAAGGUGGAGAUGGAGUUUGGGAGGGUCUUCGAGUUUAUAAUGGCAAGAUAUUCAAAUUGGAGGAGCAUUUAGACAGGUUGUUUGAUUCUGCAAAAGCUCUAGCUUUUAGCAACGUACCAACUCGUGAGCAGGUGAAGGAAGCAAUUUUCAAAACUCUGAUAAGAAAUGAAAUGUUUAGUGAUGUGCAUGUCAGAUUGACUCUGACUCGUGGAAAGAAGGUCACUUCUGGAAUGAGCCCAGCAUUCAACCAGUAUGGAUGUACUUUAAUUGUGCUUGCUGAAUGGAAACCACCAGUAUAUGACAAUGCAAAGGGUAUAAUUUUGGUGACGGCUACCACACGCCGUAAUUCACCCAAUAAUUUGGAUUCGAAAAUUCACCACAACAAUCUGCUUAACAAUAUUCUUGCCAAGAUAGAAGGGAAUAAUGCGGACGCUGAUGAUGCCAUCAUGCUUGAUAAAGAUGGAUAUGUAUCAGAAACAAAUGCAACAAACAUUUUUUUGGUGAAGAAAGGUUGUGUAGCUACUCCCUUCAGUGAUUAUUGUCUUCCUGGUGUAACUCGUGCUACUGUCAUGGACCUUGCGGUGAAGGAAAACUUAGUUUUGGUCGAGCGACGUAUCAGUUUAUCAGAGUUCCAUACAGCAGAUGAGGUGUUUACAACAGGAACCAUGGGAGAGCUCAGUCCAGUCCUCAAAAUUGAUGGACGUACAAUUGGCGAAGGUACAGUGGGGACCGUGACACGAACGUUGCAAAAUGCUUAUACACAGUUGUGCUUAGAGUCAGGAGUGCCUAUACCCACUAAUCCUCAUGCUUGAGAUGAUACUAAGGAGGACACGUCACGCUGGCACGGUCACAACUCACAAUUGUGUUUUGGGUUGUAACUUGUGAACCGUGCAAUGGUAAAAGAAACCACUUUAUUUGUUUGACGUUGUGUAUCAAGAUGAAGGCAGACCAGACCAACUUCAGUUACUUCUUACUAGGAUUCUGGUAUUAUGACUUUGUUGCUAUAACAUGGAUCAUAAAAUAAUAAAUGGAGUGCACGUCUGCAAAUAAAAUCAGACUUGCAAAUUAUUGAACUAAACAAUCUAUUUGGUAAAAUGAGGGUAAUUGACACUUUGCACCUUGUAAAUUUUCUUUUUGUCCCUUAGCUCUAUUUUCUAAACAUUAUGUCAUUUUCUCUCUA